AUGGUUGGCCGCUACCACCACUCCAUCCUCGUGAUCAACCCCAAUACCACCAAGGACAUGACUGACGCCUUGAGACCACUGGUGACGGGGCUUCAUUUCGACACUGUAAGAAACAUCGAUUGCCGAUGACACGGUGAAGCACCGGUAGUAGUAAUACACCGCACAGACUCAUUUCGAAUACUUCACUGCCCCAGAUGGCGUAAGCACUCGCCCUAGCAUCUGCCGCGAGAUCCACAGGCUUAAACGAGGUGUUCUAGGUCCCAUCAAUUAACAACGGAGAUGAUGCCAGAGUCUCGGCGGAGCAUUGCCUUCUCGCGCUCAAGCAGAAGCUGCCAGACUUCGAUGCAUUCCUGGUGUGUUGCUAUUCUGAGCAUCCACUCGUAGCUCAGCUGCGAACCGAGUUAGCAAAGCUAGGCUCUGCCAAGCCAGUCUCGGGAAUCUUCGAGGCUUCCAUCGCGACUUGUCUGCAGGCCAUCAACCCCCAUGACUCCUUCGGGAUCGUCAGCACCGGUUCUCAAUGGGAGAGGAUCCUCGGCGAUGCAGUCACCAACCUUCUGGGGACGGAAAACUCCGGACGAUAUGCUGGAACCAAAACCACUGGCCUCAAUGCCGAUGAGCUUCAUACCACCCCAAAGCCGGAUGUCGACCGUCGAAUGAAGAUUGCCACGAAGAAACUUCUCGAAGAUGGAGCGAAAGCCAUUUGCUUGGGCUGCGCCGGUAUGAGUGGGAUGGGUCAAACGGUGAGGGAGGCUUGCGUUGAGACUCUUGGUGAAGAAAUGGGCAAGCGGAUCGUAAUCGUCGACGGAGUGAUUAGUGGAGCAAUCUUUCUCGAAGGCGCUCUGAGAGCCGGGCUCUGA